AGUAAGUAUAUAGUUGGAAUUACAGUGAGAAAAGUUGAACUACAACUGUUCGUGUCAUUUCAGGUAUUAGGCCAAAUAAACAAUGAACUGAUAGCAGGGUUAAUAACCCAAAAUAAUAUGAAAAUGCUUUUAUUAAUGGAUCAACAUGCAAUUCAUGAAAGGAUUAGAUAUGAACAUUUGCUUUACGGAUAUGAAUCACAGAUAAGAACCCAAUUGUUUUCCAUCAAAUUAAAAGAUCCUAUAAUCAUACAACUUCCUGCGAGUAGCUGCAAUUUACUCUUAUCUAAUAAUAUGAUAUUAAAAAAGUUUGGUAUAACUUUUAGUGUGAUAGAUAAUAACACAGUAAUGAUACGUGCAGUGCCAGAAUGUUUAAGGAAGAACAAAUACUAUCACGAUGAAUUAAAACUAAAGUUAAAAGUACAGAAUCUUUUAAACGAAUUAGUACAAAACUUUUCAAGUUAUGAUAGUAAUUAUGCAACCAACAUUUUACCAUUUACCAUUCACAAUGCAAUUGCAAUGGAAGCAUGCCAUGGAGCUAUAAAAUUCGGAGAUCCACUUUCAUUAAAAGAAUGUAAGCGGCUUUUGAAAUUACUAAACAAGACGAAGAUACCUACUCAAUGUGCUCAUGGACGACCGUCCAUAAUACCUCUAUUGGAACUAACGGAUUUAGAAAAACGCCAUAUAAAAAUCGUUCAAGUAAAUAAUACAUUUUUCGCAUGCUAUAUAUUAAAUAAAGAUGAACUCAUUUAUAGAUUCAUUCACUUACAACAAUUUAAAUUCUGUUCUACAUUUUAUUUCAACUAA